CAUACCAUAUGAACCUAAUGAAUUAUUUAGCCUCCUCCACCUCCCUGCACAAACACCAACCUUUUAUAUAGCGUCACCUCUUCUCAACAGCACCCUUGCCAAUUGCUACCCAGCCUCUUCUCUUCCUUCGUGUUCACCUUCCCUGCCCUGCUCAGGAAGCAACAUAUGGAUGAUCAAUCUACCAUAAAGUAAUCUUCUGAAACUCUCUGCAUGAUCUCAGGGGAUUUGAUCAGGGAAGAAGACAAGGCAGGCAAGGCAAGCACACGGCCAUGAUGGUGUUCAAAGCAGCCAUUCUUACCACCGCCGUGCUGGCCGUCCUCCUUUGCUCCCCGGCAUUGGCUCAGAAGAGCCCAUCCGUGUCGCUUCCCCCCAGCACCUCGCCGGCGCCGGCGCCAGCGCCACACUACGUGGACCUGGCGGCGCUCCUAAAGGUGGCCGGCCCGUUCCACACCUUCCUCAGCUACCUGCAGAAGACGAACGUGAUCGAGACCUUCCAGAGCCAAGCCAAUAACACCGACGAGGGCAUCACCAUCUUCGUCCCCAAGGACUCUGCGUUCUCUGCGCUCAAGAAGUCCACCUUCUCCAACCUCACCGGCGAUCAGCUCAAGCAGCUGCUCCUCUACCACGCCUUCCCAUACUACUACCCGCUGUCCACGUUCAGGAACCUCAGCGCGCUCAACCCGGUGAACACGUUCGCCGGAUCGCCCUACACGCUCAACCUCACUGAUGACAUGGGCAGCAUCUCCGUCCAGUCCAUGUGGUCCAAGCCCAAGAUCUCCAGCAGCGUCUACGCUACCGAACCCGUCGCCCUCUACUCCAUCGACAAGGUUCUCCUGCCCAUGCAGCUCUUCAGCAAGGACCCGCCGCUGGCGCCGGCACCGGCGCCCGCACCACAGUCCGGGGCGUCCGAUCUGGCACCCAGCCCCGGCGGUGGUAAAGCGGGAGGAAACGCCAAGGCCGACUCGACGAGCGAAGCGUACCGCGUCGGUGUCAGUGGGCUGCUUGCUACCGUGGCAGGUUGCUUGAUGCUCAUGUGGUGAUGAGAGAAAAGAUCGAGGGUUGGCAUUUGUAAGCGCUUGAAAAUUUGAUUUUGAGUUGGUUCAUGGAGUCAUUCUUUUGGACAUAGUAGGCAUGGUAUUAGAAAUGAAUUGGAUUAUAUACGUCAUAUUACUCUCAUAAUCAUGACCAUUACUCAUAAAUCGAUGGAUGGAUGAAUUCUGAAAAA